GACUAAAUACUAAACUUUUGACUACUUUAUUUAUAAGAAUCUUUAGAGGUGUUAAUAAUGUUCACCCCUACCUUUUUGAGAAAAAGAAUGAUUACUUGUUUAAACAAAAUCCAUUUCUCUGAGCAAUUAGUACUAUAAAAUAAUAUAAUUUCCCCAGUAUUUGAAUCAUUUAUUUUAUAGUCAUUAUCUUUGUCAAGGGUGUCAAUAAUUUCAGACCCCACUGUUUUUCCUAUCAGUGUGGAAUCAGAAGUGUUACUCUGGGAACUGGUGCUGCUGCACCUCCUACUACCUGGCAUGAAUAUUUAAUGUUGUGUCAGGAUGUAUGGAGGAGGAUGAGAUGGGCAGAUCAAUAGCCACCUCCCUUUCCCCCCUGCCCACACCCUUCUGAAACACACAUGCAGUAUCAGACGCAGCUCUGGACUCGCUAAUAGAGAGACAUAGACACUGGCACGUGCAGCUUCUGGAACCAGCACACCCUGCUCUAAGCCAUCAUGUCUGACAAACCCAACAUGAGGGAAAUCUCCAGCUUUGAUAAGACUAAGCUGAAGAAGACGGAGACCAGAGUGAAGAACCCAUUGCCAACCAAAGAAACAAUCGAUGAAGAGAGGAAGCGAGAGCAAUCGCAUUGACCAGAGGAAGAGAAGAUUUUAAUUUGAUUUAUCAAGCCCGUCUGCCGGGAACCUCCACUAUAACAAGACCUAGACUAUCACACUGGUGCUCCACAUGUCAAAUGCUAAAGGGGUAUUAGGAUUGGCUGUUACAGUCAGAGCCAGAGGAGCAGGAGUUUUUCCAAACACUUAAUUGCUCAAUUUGUUUUGUAUGUCUUUCUGGCUACGUUUACACAGGCAGCCCAAAUUCAAAUCUUAUUUUCACCAAUCAGAUCAGCUCUGAAAAAAAUAUCUGUGUUGCUGCCAGUGUAAACACCACCUUAGUCAGAGUAAUAAAGAUGACAUUGAAAAAAA